AUGGAUCAAUGGCUUUUGACAUUGCUGCCUAGAUUUCAGGAAGCCUGUGAAGAAGACCUAGAGGAAGAGGAUGAGAUUGUGAAUCCAUGGGCUAGAGGGAUUUUGCAAUGGCCAUCCUCAAUUGGAGGAGCAACGUAUCAAAUUUUAGACAAACCCGUUUUGAGGUCAGCGCCAAGCCUAGCAACCGAUUCGGAUCGGUGUCGACAUACUUGGUUGCGCAGCAACCAAGGUGAAAGAUUCCAGAGAUAUGGACUGAGUCCAAAUGAACUGGAAGUCUACCUGCAUCCAGUGGAAGAAGAUGAGAGGAUAUUUGGAUUUGAUCCCAACUAUAGAAACAGAGACAUUAGGCUAUGGUUGGACAGUGAGGACACCAUGGGGAAAUGGAAAGCAGCUGACAUCUUGUACUCCUUCCCUGAGCAAUACAAGAUAUUAUUUGAAGCCACACCAAAGACAGACGAAAGAAGGUUCUACAGAGGCUAUUUUGCCCUGGAUAACAUUGAAUUCCUGGCUGCAAGUGAUUGUCAGGGACACUGCAAUUUUGAUGGCAGCUUCUGUUCAUGGUCAAAUUCCAGAGAUGACAACUUUGAUUGGUCGUUGGGAAGAGGAAGUGACAAUGACCAGACUGGGCCUAAAAGGGACAGAACAAGCACAGCAUUUGGAGGCAAAAAUGGUGGCUAUGCAUUCAUAGACACCUCUUACCCAAGGAGGCCAGGAGAUUUAGCUGUACUUGAAAGUGCUGGGUUCUCUAAAACCUCUGAAAAUGAACCACAUUGCAUGACCUUCUACACUCAUAUGCUGGGCAGUGGAAUUGGAGCCUUGAAUGUCUUUAUCAGACCAAGUGGACAAGAGAAAAGGUUGAUCUGGAAGGCUGAGGGACCAGAAGGAAAUACUUGGUACAAGGCUCAGGCCCCAAUAGCCUCAUCUGUUGAUUUCCAAAUUCUCAUGGAAGCGUCUGUUGGGAAGAACAACCUUGGAUUCAUUGCUGUGGAUGACAUCUCCUUCACUAAAAAUUCUUGCCCAAUUCUACCAAGCAAGGCCCAGGUGAAUGCAGGGGACUGUUCUUUUGACCGGGAUCUCUGCAACUACCGCAGAACAGAAGAUGGUGACAGGUUAGGCAACUGGCAAUUGGCCAUUGCUGGGGAAAGGUUGUUGCGCAAUAUGGCUGACCAUACUUAUAAUAACCCUGCUGGAGGCUAUGCCUACUUUGACAUAUAUGACACCAACCAGCGCAAAAUCAGGCUCAUCAGUCCUGUCAUUGAGCCUCCAAGGGAUGAAGAUGACAGGGCUUGUCUGGCUUUCUGGUUCCACCCAUUGGGUAGUGGAGACAGCACCACUUUGCAACUCAUGCAAAGAAUUGGGGACAGCAAUGAAGUUGUGGAAAAUGAUGAAAAAAUGACCCCA